UAAAACUAUGCACUUUUCAAUAAAUAUCUUGAGAUAUUUCGAGAAUCAUAGAUCCUUUUAUCUCUCUCUCACCCAUUUUUAUUUGUAAAAAAAUCAGAAAAGUGCAGAAAAAACUCUGUUCUUUAUUCCUCCUAACCAAUCACUGCACACCUUCAACUCACAUUUUUUCAGAUUCCCCACGCGCCCUGUUCUUCAAUGUUCGAUAAUAUACGUGUAUUUGAGCUACACGCUCUAGUUAUACGCCUGGUGAUGAGUCAGAACUGCUUGCCUCCGUGUCCAUUUAUCAUCUUGCCCGGAAGAUAUUUAGUUACUAUAAAUAUCUAAUUUCCCUUGAGUGCGAAAAUACAACAAAUCAUACAAAAACACAUACAAAACAUAUAAAAGAAGAAAAUCUCCGGUUGAUAAAAACUAUUUAAAUGAAGAGGAACGGUGAAACUAAGCGGCGGAGGAACGUGGCGGAAGAGGCGGAGCAGGGAGGAGGAGAUCCGGCGAUGUGGGAGGAUCUUGAUCGGAAUUUCAGACAAGUGCAAUCUGUUUUGGACAGAAAUAGAUCACUUAUCCAGCAAGUCAACGACAAUCACCAGUCAAGAAUGGCAGAUAACAUGUCCAAGAACGUUGCUUUGAUCCAAGAACUCAACGGAAACAUCUCUAAGGUUGUUUCUAUGUAUUCUGACCUCAACACCAAUUUCUCAUCGGCGUUUCACGGUGGGAAGAACGGUCGCGACGGUGGUGGUGCUACCGGAACCAGAGCUAAUUAAAUCAACCCUGGUCUUUCUUAGUUGGACCGGCCGGUUUAACAUUUCGAAUCAGUCGGUUUAACAUAUGGUCUAAACCAACCUGUUAUAUAAGUUAUGUUAUUGCAAUGAUUGUCGUUAGAAUAAUCCGUGGGAGAAAACCCAUUAUAUGGGUUAUUUUAAUUAUGGUUUGAGUCUUUUUCAAUGUGUCUCUACUGCAAUUUCUCUAAUAAUAAAUAAAUAUUUAGACUUGAACGCUUU